GUUCUGUGUCAGCAAAAUUUUCCCUUUGCAAUGCAGGUGCGUACCAUAUCUGCCCAAAAUGAACUUUGACUUUUCGAUCAUUCUAAAAUCUUGGAUGGGUUCUUUAUAUAACAACCCUGUUAAUAAUUCAAACACAUUGCUAUCUUUUACCAGAGAAUAAACUUCUCCAGAGCAACUUAUAUAAUCAUUUGGUUUCUAUGAUAUUUCAAGAUAUCACAUGAUUUUCAUAUUUGCUCCUGCGCGGCAAAAAAAUUAAGAAAAUCGCCCCUAUUGAGCGAGUGGUAUGUUCUACUACACUACAACAUGGCGACGGCUGACCCUACUGAAGCUGAGUUCCUCCUCCCAGACAACAUCCUGACGGAGAUUUUCUCCUAUUUACAGAUCAGAGAUCUACUCCGUAUGGCAAGAGUUUGUAAGAGGUGGAAGAGGCUAGCCUAUGAGCGCCCCCUAUGGAAGCGUGUGAACCUUGCACCCUACAGCAGGCGGCUGGAUGGACGUGCCAUGUGGAGGAUCGUCAGGCAGUUCUUCACACCUUCCCUCAAGUCACUCACACUGGCUGGCCACCUGCACAGUGGCAGGACCGGUGAGAUCGUGUCCACACCCCUGCUCCUGGAGCUGAAGUCCCGCGCUCCAUCCCUACAACACUUCUGCAUCACCACGGCCGACCUCACUGCCGUCAACCUCUCCGACCUUCCCGAAUCCCUCUCGACCUUGGAGACCAGGAACUGCGAGAUCCCCCCGCGCUGGUUCAAGUCGCUUGAACUGGACGGAGCCUUCCGGAACCUUCGCGCCGUCGACCUGAGCUGCUGCAGCCGCGUCUCCGACCCCGACGUGAUUGACAUCUGUCAUGUCUCGUCACUGAAGGUCCUGAAGCUGUCCUGGUGUUACAGAGUCACUGAUUCGUCCGUCCAGCACCUAUCAGAGAAGCUGACACAGUUGGAGAGGUUAGACUUAGAGGGGUGUAAGAUCACGGACGUUAGCCUACACCACAUCGGCAGACACCUGAAGCACCUGACAUUCCUGAACGUGUCCCAGUGCAGGCAGGUGACUCAGGCGGGGCUGGAUGGUGUGAAGACGAUGUUAAAGCACCUGGAACACCUGUGUCUGGACUCCUGUACGCCCAUCAACAUACCUAAUCUACCCACCUUGUAACACCUGUUAGAGAUAUGAUUGUAUACAAUGUACAGAAUGGUCAUGACUUCUCUAUUCGGAUUUAGAGUCUCAGCAAUUUUGAUUGUUCAUUCUACUAUUUAUAUCAAUGAGCAUUUUAUGGCUUGGAGUUUUUUAAUGUAAAAAAUGUUGUUCAUGCCAUUUUUUAAUGUGUCAUAGAGUCAAUUUAGAUUUUUAUGUGUGCUAAAAUUUCAAUCACUUCUUUUCUAUGUACAUUACAAUGUUAGACAUUGUGCGAUGAAUUUUAACUGAAUCCAAUUGUUCAAUAAAGGUUUUCAAAAUUCCAACAGAUCA